AUGGAGGUGGUGGCAGCAGCACUAAUUCAGGGCCUGGAGCACAUCAUGGACCAGAGUGGAUACCUGGUCAUCUGCAACGGGGUGGUACUGGCAUCGGCAGGCAACCUGGAGAAUGACAAUCAAGCUGUAGAGGCAAUCUCAGAGUUGGCCUGCAUGGCCUGCACCUUCCACCUUCCCCGCUGCCCAGCAGUGCCCUUCCACCAAAUCUCAGUGGUAUUUGGGGUGCACUUCUUCCUUGUGACCAUCACAGGACAAAAGUUGUUUGUAGUGAGGAGGCAGAACAGCAUCCAAGAGCCUGUGACCACUUGA